AUGCUGCAUUUGUGGUUUUCCCUUCUAUCCGGGCUAUACUGCUUUGUUGGACAUGUGCGUUUUUGCCGAGCAGAAGAGGGUCUGGAGUUCCCGAACUUUGAUGGCAAAGACCGAGUGCUGGAUAUCAAUGAACGCAACUACAAGAAGGCUCUGAGACGGUUUGAUCUGCUGUGCCUCUUCUACCACGAGCCCGUACCCAACCACAAGGGCCUACAGAAGCGCUUUCAGAUGACAGAGCUGGUCCUGGAGCUCACGGCUCAGGUCUUGGAAAACAAAGACAUCGGUUUUGGGAUGGUGGACGCUCAGAAGGAUUUCAAAGUGGCACAGAGACUAGGGCUGGGAGAAGUGGGCAUAUUGUACGUUUUCAAAGAUGAUCGGAUUCUGGAGUUUGACGGGGAGCUCUCUGCGGAUACCUUGGUGGAGUUUUUGUUAGAUGUGCUGGAGGACCCUGUGGAAAUGAUCAAUAAUGCCAUGGAGAUAAGAGCCUUCGAGAGAAUGGAAGAAGAUAUCCGUCUAAUUGGCUUUUUCAAGGGAGAGGACUCAUAUUUCAAAGCAUUCAAAGAAGCCUCGGAGCGAUUCCAACCCUACAUCAAGUUCUUUGCGACUUUCGACAAAUCUGUGGCCAAGCAGCUCUCCCUCAAGAUGAACGAGGUGAAUUUCUACGAGCCGUUUAUGGAGGAACCCGCCAUUCUGCCCGGACGCCCGCUCACAGAGAUGGACAUUGUGGAGUUUGUCAGUCAACACAGGAGGGCGACCUUGAGGAAACUCCGGGCUGAGAAUAUGUUUGAGACUUGGGAGGAUGACAUGGACGGGAUUCAUAUAGUUGCCUUUGCAGAAGAAGAGGAUCCAGAUGGGUAUGAGUUUUUGGAGAUUCUGAAGGACGUGGCCCGAGACAACACCAACAACCCAGAUUUAAGCAUCGUUUGGAUCGACCCGGACGACUUCCCGCUGCUGACCACUUACUGGGAGAAAACCUUCAACUUGGACCUCUUCAGACCGCAGAUUGGAGUUGUCAACGUCACAGAUGCGGACAGCGUGUGGUUGGACAUGACCAGCGACGAGGAGCUCCCCACGGCGGAGCAGCUGGAGGACUGGAUCGAGGACGUCCUGAGUGGGAGGGUGAACACUGAAGAUGACGACAGCUUUGGAGACGACGAAGAGGAGGAGGAGCAUCGAGGCCACGAUACAGAGGACAGAGACGAGAUGAGGAGGCCAUACCAAGAAGAUGAAGAUGAAGAUGAGAUGGUAUAG